CCCGGGCCAGGCCUCAUGGCAAGGCCUGGGGAGGGCGGGGCCCCGGGCAGCAAAGGGGGCGGGGUCCGGGUGCCCCCGAGGGCCUGCCUCGCCCCGGCACGUGCUUGCGGGCUGGGCCCCGUCCGGCCCGUGCUUGCGGGCUGGGCCCCGGGCCGCCCGUGGCCUGACUCGCCUCCUGCCCCAGGUAUCGAGGAGCUGUGCGCCAAGCGGGAGGAGCUGAGCCGGCAGAUCCAGCAGGAGGAGGAGGAGAAGAACAAGCUGCAGAACGACAUCCGGCUCCUGACGGAGAAGCUGGCCCGCGUCAACGAGAGCCUGGCUCGCAAGAUGGCCACCCGCAACGAGUUUGAGAAAACCAUCGCCGAGACCGAGGCUGCCUACACGAAGAUCCUGGAGAGUUCCCAGACGCUGCUCAACGUCCUGAAGAAGGAAGCUGGGAAUCUGAGCAGAGCCACAGAACUGAAAAGUAGCAUCACGAAGGAGAGCUGAACAUUUGGACUCAAACGGUCUGUCAGUCACCCUAGGGAGCUGCAGCGCUUUCUGACCCUGGCCCACGCUGGGGCUUGGAGUGGAAGCAAUGUGAAAUAAAGUCUUCCUUUUGCAAA